AUUUAAAUAGUACUUUGUCCACUGGCUUACAGUUAGGUUCUAGCGUCCGAUACCGGAGAGAAUUACCAUUCAAUUAAACCAACAAAAGAAACGACAUUUCUGCGUCUUCAAUCGGACCCCAAUUCCAUAUAGAAACGCUUGAAUCUUGUGGAUUAUUAUUGGAUUUCCAAUUGUAUUUGGAUUUUACUGUUUCUCUCUGCUGUUUUCAUUCAACAGGUAAAAACCAGAGUUUCACCAUGAAGUUGACAGGAAUAUUUCUGCUAUUGAUGCUUUGGACCUGCGAGAGCGUACGAGUUGCAGAGAGCCGAGACGACAAUAGCGUGUACGACCUGUUCGAGCUGGUCCAAAUCCCCAAGAAGAACCACGGAGUGACCCUAGUGAAGGGCGACGACCCAUACAGUCCCGCCUACAAGAUCCUCAACCCGGACCUGAUCCCCGAGGUCCCCGAGAGCUCCUUCAGGGACCUCAUUUAUUCCAUCCACGCCGAGAGAGGAUUCCUUCUCCUUCUCAACUUCAAGCAGUUUAAGCGGACCAGGGGCUCCCUUCUGACGGUGGAAAAGCGGGACGGGUCCGGAGCCGUGUUCGAGAUAGUCUCCAACGGGAAAGCGAACACCCUGGAUGUGGUUUUCUCCACAGUGAAUAAGCAACAGGUGGUGUCGAUAGAAGAUGUGGACUUGGCAACGGGCCACUGGAAGAAUAUUACGCUGUUUGUGCAGGAGGACCGGGCGCAGCUGUAUGUUGGCUGUGAGGAGGUGAACACGGCGGAACUGGACGCUCCCAUCCAGAGCAUCCUCACUCAGGAGACUCCCAUCACAGCGCGUCUCAGAAUCGGGAAGGGAGCGGUGAAGGACAGGUUCAUGGGGGUGCUCCAAAACGUUCGCUUUGUCUUUGGAACCACUUUAGAAGCAAUACUGCGCAACAAAGGAUGCCAAAACUCUGUUCUGACUGAUGGAAUCAUCAUUAUGGACAACCCCAUCAAUGGGUCCAGCCCUGCCAUUAGGACUGACUACACUGGCCACAAAAGUAAAGACCUGCAGAUGAUCUGUGGAUUCUCCUGUGAGGACCUGGCUGGCAUGUUCAAGGAACUGAAGGGGUUGGGAGUGGUGGUGAAGGAGCUGUCUAACGAGCUGCGCAAAGUGACGGAUGAGAACAAGCUGUUGAUGAACAGAGCGGGGAUCCACAGUGGAGUCUGUCUGCACAACGGCAUCGUCCACAAGAACAAGGCAGAGUGGACCGUCGACGACUGCACUGAGUGCACUUGUCAGAACUCUGCCACCGUAUGCCGCAAGAUCUCCUGCCCGCUGAUCCCCUGUGCCAACGCCACCGUGUCCGAUGGAGAGUGCUGCCCACGCUGUGGAACACUGAGUGACUAUGCGGAGGACGGCUGGUCCCUGUGGUCUGAAUGGACACACUGUUCCGUGUCGUGUGGGCGGGGCAUCCAGCAGCGAGGCCGCUCCUGCGAUCGUAUUAACAACAACUGCGAGGGAACCUCCGUCCAAACCAGGGACUGCUACCUUCAGGAGUGUGACAAACGCUUCAAGCAGGACGGUGCCUGGAGCCACUGGUCCCCCUGGUCUUCCUGCUCGGUCACCUGUGGGGCGGGUGUCAUCACCCGUAUCCGUCUCUGCAACUCCCCCACACCCCAGCUGGGAGGCAAGGACUGCCAGGGAGAGGGAAGACAGACUGAGAAGUGCACCAAGUCACCCUGCCCCAUCAACGGUAACUGGGGACCCUGGUCGCUAUGGGAUACCUGCUCUUCCACCUGUGGAGGAGGAGCCCAGACACGUAAACGUCUCUGCAACGACCCCGCCCCUAAAUAUGGUGGUAAGGAGUGCCAGGGUGACUCCAAGGCCACUCAGCUGUGCAACAAGAACGCCUGUCCCAUCGAUGGCUGUCUGUCUAACCCCUGCUUUCCUGGGACCAAGUGCACCAGCUUUCCCGAUGGAACAUGGAGUUGUGGGAAAUGUCCCACUGGUUACUCUGGUGACGGCAUCAAGUGCAAGGACAUUGACGAGUGUAAAGAGGUUCCUGAUGCUUGCUUCGUGUUCAACGGAGUGCACCGCUGUGAGAACACUGACCCUGGCUACAACUGUCUGCCCUGUCCCGCACGCUACUCUGGACCUCAGCCCUUUGGCAGGGGAGUGGAGGAGGCCACCGUCAAGAAACAGGUGUGUACACCACUUAACCCUUGCUUGGAUGGGAGCCACGACUGCAACAAGAACGCACGCUGUAACUACCUGGGACACUUUGCUGACCCCAUGUACCGCUGUGAGUGUAAGCCUGGCUAUGCUGGGAACGGACACAUCUGUGGUGAAGACUCGGACCUGGACGGGUGGCCCAACCAAGACCUGGUCUGUGUGGAGAACGCCACCUACCACUGCAAAAAGGACAACUGCCCCAACCUUCCCAACUCAGGCCAAGAAGACUACGACAAGGAUGGUGUUGGUGACGCUUGUGACAACGAUGAUGACAAUGAUGGUAUUCCUGACGACAGGGAUAACUGUCCGUUUGUGUACAACCCCAGGCAAUAUGACUAUGACAGAGAUGAUGUUGGAGAUCGUUGUGAUAACUGUCCUUACAACAGCAACCCUGACCAGACCGACACAGACAACAACGGGGAAGGAGACGCCUGCUCUGUCGACAUUGAUGGAGAUGGUAUUCUGAAUGAGAAAGAUAACUGCCCGUACGUCUACAACGUGGAUCAGAGAGACACUGACCUGGAUGGUGUGGGAGACAUGUGUGACAACUGUCCUCUGGAACACAACCCUGACCAGGUUGACUCUGAUGACGACCGUGUGGGAGACAAGUGUGACAGCAACCAGGACAUUGAUGAGGACGGCCACCAGAAUAACCUGGACAACUGCCCCUACAUCCCCAACGCUAACCAGGCCGACCAUGACAAAGACGGCAAGGGAGACGCCUGCGACCACGAUGAUGACAACGACGGGAUCCCUGAUGAGAAAGACAACUGCAGACUGGCCUUCAACCCUGACCAGCUCGACUCUGAUGGUGAUGGUCGCGGAGAUGUUUGCAAAGACGACUUUGACCAAGACAACGUCCCUGACAUCUACGACGUGUGUCCGGAGAACUUUGACAUCAGCGAGACGGACUUCAGGAAGUUCCAGAUGGUUCCCCUGGACCCCAAGGGAACGUCCCAGAUCGACCCCAACUGGGUGGUAAGACAUCAAGGCAAAGAGCUGGUCCAGACCGUCAACUGUGACCCUGGCAUUGCUGUUGGUUUUGAUGAGUUCAACUCGGUGGACUUCAGUGGAACCUUCUUCAUCAAUACAGAGAGAGAUGAUGACUACGCCGGCUUUGUGUUCGGCUACCAGUCCAGCUCUAGGUUCUACGUGGUGAUGUGGAAGCAGAUCACACAGACUUACUGGAGCAACAAACCCACCAAGGCUCAGGGAUACUCAGGACUGUCCAUCAAGGUGGUCAAUUCUACUACUGGACCUGGAGAGCACCUCAGGAACGCUCUCUGGCAUACGGGCAACACCCCAGGACAGGUGAGGACUCUGUGGCACGACCCUAAGAACGUUGGCUGGAAAGACUUCACAGCCUACAGAUGGCACCUGAUCCACAGACCAAGAACAGGACACAUCAGAGUGGUCAUGUACGAGGGGAAGAAGAUCAUGAAGGAUUCCGGGAGCAUAUACGACAAGACGUAUGCAGGUGGAAGACUAGGUCUCUUUGUCUUCUCGCAAGAGAUGGUAUACUUCUCAGACCUCAAGUAUGAAUGCAGAGAUGCAUAAUUGCACGGAGCAGGAAGCUCUUGGAACAAUGCACCUUUCUGUAUAAAUAUGAACAAUAUGUAUUCCAAUACAAAGUCCAGGGACUGUUUUUUCUACUACUCUUUUCUUCUGCGGCACUCACACUGAAGGGAGCGAGGGGGGAAGGCCUGUUGUGGUCAUCCUCGGGGUAAAUUAAUGCUGGUUUGGACAGAGAACCAUCCGGGUGACUGCCAGUCGAAGAUCAGAGAAGCAACUCCUACCCACCCAGAGCAGGUAGAGACGGAAAAAAACAGCCCGUUUGCUUUGCCUGAGUGAGAGACCGACCGAUGUUCCCAACCGACCGGCCGAUCUCUUUCUGACCUGAAGGACCUCAUUCAUCCCUGUGCGGGAAAGUCUCCCGAUAGACGACUAUGCACUUCCAAACCUUUACAUAUCUCUCGCUAUCCCUCUUUCUAUCGAUCUCGUUUUUUCUGGAAUGGACGUCCCAAAGAAAGACUAUGUAAUGUUCCGUUUAUAUAAAAACAAAUCUAGGCGGAUGUAGAUUCUGAACGAUACAACUCUUAUCAUCAGAGGUUUUUUGGCUCAGUGGUUGAAGAAUGCAAUAAGACUUUUUUACUUUAAGUUUUGUCAGGAAAGGGCUUGUAGCCCUUGAAAGUCAGUUGCGUAACAACAAGAUAUGGAGGAUGAUGUAUGUAUGAUGUAUAUACAAAUGUUUAUGUGUGUAAAUAAGAAGACAUAUAACGCUUGCUUUUACCCCUCUAUAUAUGUUCCCUUGGAGACAAAAGAAAACAAACCAAAAUUAAAACCAGCCAAAAUACUUUUUGUCAAAUACAUGAUUGCUUGUAGGCUUUGUGGCUGGCAUUAGAUUUAUAUAGUUCAGUUGAAACGGAACAUAGUGAUACUCAGGGUAAGAUGGGAGCGGCCAUCUUAGCAUAUCAAACCAUUGCAGAAAAUGACAAGGGAGGGCCAAUUAAAAAAGGGCAUUGUCAGUGCCAGUAAAUCAAAGCCAUUCUGUUUAUUAAGACACUUUCCAUUUCGAACAUUAAAUGUUAAAAAAUAUUCUGUUUAUAUUUAUUUUACAAAUGUAAAAAAUAUAAAAUUAGAAACAUUGAACAUCUUUAGAAGCUUAAAAUGUGAAAUUUUGUUUGACGGUUGAGUUGAAGUAGUUAAGGUAGCCUAAUGUGAUUAGCAUGAGGUUGUAAGUAACAAGAACAUUUCCCAGGACAUAGACAUAUCUGAUAUUGGAAGAAAGCGUAAAUUCUUGUUAAUCUGACUGCACUGUCCAAUUUACAGUAGCUAUUACAGUGAAAUAAUACAUACCAUGCUACUGUUUGAGGAAAGUGCACAGUUAUGAACUUGAAAAUGUAUUGAUAAACCAAAUAGGCACAUUUGGGCAGUCUUGACAAUUUUUUUAACAGAAAUGCAAUGGUUCAUUGGAUCCGUCUAAAACUUUGCACAAACACUGCUGCCAUCUAUUGGCCAAAAUCUAAAUUGCACCUGGGCUUUAAUAAUACAUUAUGGCCUUUCUCUUGCAUUUCAAAGAUGAUGGUACAAAAAAUACAAAUAAAACGCAUGUUUUUUUCUUUGUAUUACCUUUUACCAGAUCUAAUGUGUUAUAUUCUCCUACAUUAAUUUAAAAUUUCCACAAACUUUAAAGUGUUUCCUUUCAAAUGGUAUCAAGAAUAUGCAUAUCCUUGCUUCAAGUCCUGAGCUACAGGCAGUUAGAUUUGGGUAUGUCAUUUUAGGCAAAAAUUUGAGAGAGAAAAAAAGGGGCGGAUCCUUAAAGGUUAACUUUUGCCUACGCUGUAGGUACCAAACAAUUCAAAUACUUUGAGGAAGUAAAGACUAUUCCCCAGUGUUCAAGGUGUAAACUGAUCCAGAGUCGGUCAGACUGGUGCCUUUGGUGUCAGAAGUGGGAUCCUACUCUAAUCCCAUCAUAGCCAUGGUUAGAAGUAAGGCAUCUGACUCAGAAUGGCAUGUAUGUGACCGGUGUAUCCUUUUCUUCUGAGAUUAAAAACAAAAUAACCUUUGAUGUACACAUAAUACCUCAUUGCUGUUGUAUAAUUUUAAUUUGAUCGAAAAAAAUGUUUUUUUUUCUUCAUUGUACGCUUACAGAAUACAAAAUGGAUCAACAUCUUAUUGCUACUGUACCAUGAAUUUGUAAAUAUUAUUACUUUUCUUUUCAAGACAGACCCCCCCCCCAUCCAACAUCCCCCUAUGGUAAAAAAAAAACAGUCAAAUGGGAGAGUUGUUUUUAUAUAAAUAUUUUAUUUUUGCUUUUAUGUCUCCUUUGUCCAGUGCUCCUUUAAUGGAUAAAUUAUUGUUCUGUUUUGCUUUGUCUUUGCUGUUCUGUGUGUGAGAGAUCGAUUCGUGUAGAUAAAUGCUAUUUAAAUAAUUUAUCAGGAUUCGCUGCCUGACGAAGGGGGUGUGUCCGUAUGUAUAAACGGUUUGCACACUGACAUGAGGAUUCUGUUUAUCGUUUAUAUUUUUAUUUUUACCGUUAUUUUUGUACAAUUUAGUGAGGCCUGUUGUCUGUAAACAUUUUUACUUAGUUGUGCAAUGUAAAAAAAAAAAAAUAAUGUCUUUAUCCAUAGCAAUUAUUUUGUUAUAUACUUCAGAAACAAUAAAUAGUUGUUGAAAUCCA